AUGAGUGUAGAAGAUGCUUCCAAUGGUGCCCUUGGGAAACGUUCCCUUUCGGAGGUAAACACGAACUUUCCAGACUCUAGUAUCCCUCAAGAUGAAGUAGCUAAGAAGCCCAGAGUACAGGAUGAAGAGAAGGAGAUUUUUGAUGAGGCCCCUCCUGCAGACGAACUGGAAGAUAUUGUGGACGAAUACGUGGUGAAGCAAACAGAGGCAGUAGCCAAUGCGAGUUCAACCGGUGCGGAGGAGGCGAUAGCGGGAGACCCUUUACCUCAAAAUGUGGAAAAGGACUUCAUGAUGCCUGCUGAACCAAUCCCAGCUAUCAAUAUACCCAAAAACCCCGUGACAGGGAAGUAUAAAUUUCCCUUUAUUUCCAAAGAAGAGUCACUGGCCGCACGGUCAUAUCUCAAGUACUACGGUUCGGGCAGGUUUUUGGACUCGUAUUUGCCGGAGGAUUUGAACUCGCUUUAUAUUUACCACUUGAUAAAGUUGCUAGGGUUUCAGAUCAAGGACAAGCUUCUGCUGGAAGCCGUGCAGUCUGUAGCAGAGAAUGAAAUAUAUUCGCAAAGGAGCAACACGGAGAGUACAGCUUCGGUCAAUGGGACUGGUGAGCGAAAAUCUAGUGCUGAGAUGGCAGCCGCCGUAGAACAGCCCUCAUCCAACGAAGACAGUGAGUAUUAUGACGAUCCAUUGGAAAAGAAACACGCUGUGCGUCUAAUUAAAGACUUACAAAAGGCCAUGAAUAAAGUGCUGAGCACUAGAAUGAGACUUCCUAAUUUUCACACCCUGGACGAUUUUGUCAACAAAUUGAGAACCGCCAAAAAGGUUCUUAUAUUAACAGGCGCUGGUAUUUCGACCUCGUUAGGAAUUCCAGACUUCAGAUCUUCUGAAGGUUUUUAUUCCAAGAUCAGACAUUUGGGGCUCGACGAUCCUCAAGACGUGUUCAACUAUGAGAUUUUCAUGCAGGACCCAUCUGUAUUCUAUAAUAUUGCUCAUAUGGUUCUCCCUCCCGAGAAUCUGUACUCGCCGCUUCACAGUUUUAUCCGUAUGAUCCAGGACAAGGGCAAAUUAUUGAGAAACUACACCCAAAAUAUAGACAACUUGGAGUCUUACGCUGGAAUCCAAUCAGAGAAAAUGGUCCAAUGCCACGGUUCUUUUGCUACUGCGUCAUGCGUGACUUGCCAUUGGAAGCUACCCGGUGAACGAAUCUUCAGCAAUAUAAGAAAUCUCGAGCUGCCGUUGUGUCCUUACUGUUAUAAGAAACGUAAGGAAUUUUUUCCUACUAGCCAGCCGGGCAGUAAGGAAGGGGAACCUGAAACUUUUAACAGCGUUUUCAACAACGUCCUAAAAUCUUACGGAGUGUUGAAGCCCGACAUCACCUUCUUUGGCGAAGCGCUUCCUUCAAAAUUCCAUCGCAACAUUCGCGAUGAUGUUUUGAAAUGCGACCUGCUUAUUUGCAUCGGAACUAGUUUGAAGGUGGCUCCUGUCUCCGAGAUCGUAAACAUGAUUCCAUCCUACGUACCUCAAGUGCUGAUCAAUAAGGACCCUGUAAGGCACGCCGAAUUCGACCUCUCGUUGCUUGGUUACUGUGAUGACGUCGCUGCUCUUGUGACUCAGAAAUGUGGCUGGUCCAUGCCUCACAACAAGUGGCCCACACUCCAGGAGGUUGAGUACGGCUGUGAGAUGUAUGAGAGAGGUAUCUACGAAAUUCAACCCAAAGCGAGCAAAUCGAGUUCACCUCAACCAGAAGAGUAA